UAGAGCAGUCCACGAAUCAAUGCCUUUUAAGAAUUUCUACAGUCUUUAAUUCGCGCAUCUGCCAAGGAUAUUAAAUUUUGAGAAUGAGAUUGUAACAUAGCACCUGUUUGGUGUUAAUCCCACACAGCAAGCUGCCUAUUGRUGCGAUUCAAUUCGUUCAACGUAAAUAUCUUUUAUCGCAUUUAACUGGCUUCCUGAGUUGGCUAUCGCAAAUUAAAACGAUUUGUCUGGCCUUACAGAAGCAGUAUAGAGAUCUAUCUUCAAGAUGUCUGCUCUAAUGCAGGCGAUUCUUCAGAGACGAUGGCGACAAGCAAGACUUCUUUUAGAUUCAGGUUGCAACGUUAAUGGACGAGGUCCCAACGGGAGAACCCCAGUGAUGGAGAUUUGUUUUGUUGACGACGAGGCCAAAGCAGCUGGACUGGCAAACGUUCUUCUUGAAAGAGGCGCUAAUCUUGACUUGAAAGAUAACGAGGGACGUACGGCGCUGUCGAGCGCUUGCUUGCUCAACAGAAAACGACUUUUUCGCUUGUUUAUCAAGACGGUUGAUUUUGAUUUGAAUGCCAGUGAUGAGGAAGGAAAUACAGCUCUUUUUCAUGCUAUUAAUGCUGGAGAUGUGCACGUUGUUAAGCAACUGGUUGCUAUGAUGUUGCAUUAUGGUAUUCAAAUAGAUGUUCUGAACAAAAAGGGAGAAACGCCACUUAUUUAUGCUUUGAAGUCAAAAAAGCGUGAAAUUGCAGAUGUCCUGGUUCGCCAAGGGAAGGCAUCGCUUGAAGCCAGAGAUCUAGAAUUCCAAAAAAGUGCUUCAGAGUGGAGAGACGAACUUAAUCCAACAAAAAGAAAAGGUUUAAAAUUACCUUCAGCUUAUUUAAGAAAGUAUGGAAGGCAGAAAACGGUACAAAGAAAACUAAAGCUUCAAAAGACAGGAAGCGCUAAGAAAUUCGAAACACGACGGGUUGUUUUACCAAAAACUUCACUAAAACAACGACCUGCAACAGCUCCUGAUAGAAUACUCGCACCGGCCUUCUUCACGCCCGUGAAAAAAAACCUGGAAAAAUUGUACAUAAUAUACAAUCAACAAACGACUGGCUCCUAUCGCCCAGGGUAUAAAACAAUUCAGUACAAAAAGCCCGAACUAGACAACACAUAUUCUCCAGAUAAUAGAAAGCCUUCUAGUAGAGUUGGGGUCUCGUUCAACCAAGUUAAUGAGUUGAGCAUUAAACUACAUGGAUUGUACAAGAAUUCUGCGCAUGCACACAAGAAGAAAGUCCUUGCGCCUGAAAGCCUGACAGGAUUGCCCAGAAUUGAUUCGGAUAACUCACUGACGGGGCGUUCGUCUUCGAGGUCUUCUAGAAGAGGAUGUAAGAUUAUCAAGGACAUAACCAAGACUGUUCGCCAGUUUGAUAACAUGAAAAUUGUCCGUGAAGAUACGAGUGGAGAUACAAUUAAUUUACCUAAGUAGUAGUGAUCGCAUGUAGCCGAACCCGAUCAUUCCCAUGAUGCCUAGGGAACGAGGUAGAAAGCACACAAAAAUGGAAUCCGAGCCGCGAUAAAUUUCUUUCUGUGAAGGAAAUUUGAGUUAACAUUUCGGACCGCAAAUAUAAGUCAAAGCAAAUAUGUAGUAUUUAUUUAAUACAAGUGCAAUGGUCAUAAAUCAAUGUUAUGUAAACAUGUGUAUGGUCUGUGUAUGGUUUUAAAUUAGGAUGUUUAGCUAUUGAUGCAUAAAUGAAACGUGAACAUAUUCAGUUGUUGAAAUUUUUUUAAAAACUGAGUUCCAUGUGCCCAUUAGGCCAUCACAUGCAUUCUAGGUGCGGUGGACAGUGGCGGAGAAAGAAUCCCAGAUUAAACUAGCAACGCAUCGAGCAUUCUUGUACCCAGACCCUUCUCGUUUCUAGCGAAAAAUCGAAUAGAAACGAG